CCUGUGUUAGGCGCUGAUUGUGGUUCUUUGCCUUGAAAGACUAGCGGACUAGGUCUGAAGGCGGACCUCCGGCUAGAUCCGAACCAGAGAACCAAAUAGGAGAUUCCUGAAGAACACCACCCCACACCUAGUGCUUAGUCCUCUUUUACGGAUGUUAUUUCUUCAGGAUACCCUCUAAUUUGUUUGGCUGAUUUUUUUUUUUUUGUUCUCUUGUUUGGCAUAACUUUCAGGGUCUAUCUGUCCUCGCCUUAUUCUACUGGCUCUGGUGAUCCGUAUGCUGGUGAUCAUGAGUCUGAUUUGUUGCUUUGCGGUACAGGUCAGGCCAGAGCAAUGUCAGUUCCGAAAGAUGCUAUUAAAGCAUUUAGGCUUCUCAAUGAGAGUCAGGUAGCUCAGUCUGUUGUUGCUUCAAUUGCGAGUGACCCGAAAAUAUGGGAUGCUGUACUUGAAAACGAGGCACUGGUGGAGUUUUUCAAGUCCCAGAAAAGCAAUAUGGAUCCAGUCAUGGAACAAUAUGCUGCCGAUGCAAGUUUUCUUGAUCGUCAAUCAUCAGAAAUCGUCGAUGAUUCUUAUGAUUCCGCGCAAUUUGCAGAUUAUGCAUAUGAGCAUUAUAUGGAUUAUUUUCAGGGCGUGAAGAGUAAAGUGGUUGAGAUGACGAACAAAUUAUCUGAUUACUUUAAGGAUCUAUUUAGAAGCCCAACAGCAGAGACCGAUGGAAGUGCCGGAACAACCUUUUCUGGUGGAGCUGUCGCGGCAUCCUUCAUGGGAUUGGCAGUCAUGGUUAUUAUGUUGGUCGUGAUGAGGAGGGGUUAGGACUCAUUCUCUCUUGAUGAGUGCACUGAUGGAUUAGCUAAGCUUGUUAAAGUUUUUUUGUAACGGGAUUUUGAUGUUUCUUAUAGAGUGCACAGAUGGAUUUGGGUAGUUGCCAAAUAAAGAGUUAUGAUAACUUUCAGCAGAUUUUAAGGAAACUAGUGAAUUGAAAUAUUGAAUUGCCAAAAUCAAAUUUCUGUUGGCCGUUGCA